AUGGAUGCUCAUUCUGACAAUAUUGAAGACCAAAUUGAUGCAAUCCAUGCUGAUGAGAUGGUUUACAGUCCAGAUCUGCAAGUUGAAUGUAGUGAAAGGAUACAGAGCUGGCAGAUAGUAGUUUCAAGAGCUAUUUGGAGUGGCAAAAAAGUAUUGCAUAUCCCAAGACAUAUUGUAAAGAAUUGUUUGCGUGAAGAUCAACAAGAAAUUACUUUGGUCAAUCAAGAUAAAGAUCUGAUUUAUCAUUGUAAUUUAUUGUCAUAUAAUCGCGAUUAUAUGAGGCGGACUUACAUCGAACAAGAAUUCUAUGAUUUUGUACAAGACGCAGAGCUCGGUAUUGGAGACACACUUUGUUUCACUGUCUCAGUUCCACCUGACUUCAUUGAGGCUACGGUCAUCAAGCGCGAAGUUUAA